UUCAGUUGGCCCCGGACGGUUUGGCCGAGGAGCGCCCCCGGAGGAUAAGAGAGUUUGCGAUUUCGAUUUCGAUUUCCAAUUCCGGUUGAAUUGUGCACGGUGUGUUGUCGCUUGUUCUUUGCUUGGUGACCGCUACUUGGCUACCUUCAGUACAGCUAGUAGGUAUUCUUCGGAUGCUGUUCGAUGCAGAGAACGAUGUGUGAAAACAAUCUUCGCCACCAGUAGUGCCAGUGAGCCAAAACCGGGCAGCAGCGGGCUUUGGGAGGAAUCCUUUUGGGUGUUCACACCGUUCGUUCGAUCGUAGAUAACCAUCACCAUCUCCAGAUCCUGCAACUAAGAAGAAGCUGAGUGUGUUUGUACUUAUGUGUGGAUGUGCAUGUACGUGUGUAAACAUGAGCACCGACUGCUGAAGGAGUUUGGCGAGCUACAGCAACUAAGAUAACUUCUGCUGCUGUUGUGUGCUGCUGCUGCUGCUGCUACAAGGUCCACCGAAGAUGCUCUGCUGGGAAGGGGCCAGUGAUUAUGACACGUCCCCAUCCUCCCAGGCGCUCCAUGCCAACACCUUUAUGCACUCGAGUCGAAAGUCGAGUGUGCCACUGCCAUGGAGUUCCACAACCCACGCCACUCACAACAUGGAACAAAUUUCGGGUCCUCCGGCUCGUACGGGCACCUCUUAUCAAACGCCUCGGUCACAUCCUUGGCGCCCAACUAUGGGAUACGAAGCGGUUCAAGUUACGCCCCUCCAUGAGCAGCCAAUAACCAAUGCUCUGGUCGCAUCGUCCUACACUCCGAAUGCCAUCGGAUCGGAUCAGGUGACGUUUCCUAACCUGGUGACGGGAUUCGAACGCAAUCCGCAGCAUGCCGCCCGGGCCGCCCUCUAUACUCGCUACACACCCAAUGAGUGGACCACUUCAAACGUGCAAACGUACUCCGAUGCGGAUAAAAAUAGGAACUACGCCGAAAAAGUUCGAUCCGAAGCAGUUCGUUUGAUGCGUGAAACCGAUGAAAAAACUUCGCAAGGUCAACGAGAUGCUGCAAGGCGUUUGGGAGAACGCAUCACCGACAUAACCUUCUGGCGCAAUGAGUUGACCACGGAGUUGGAGAAACUCAUCGCUGAAUCCGCCCAGCUGACGGACACCAAGCGCAACGUACAGAAGGCACUGCAAGAUCUGGAGCCACCACUGCACAUAGCCCAGGAAUGUCUCUAUCACCGGGAAUCGCGCAAAGGCAUCGAACUGGUGCACGAUCACGUCGAGAAGAGCCUGUUGGUCGAAGUCGAUAACCUAAGAUCUUGUCAGGAAAAACUGUCGCAAUUGUUGGCUCGCAUUAUUAAACAACUGGCCGAUUGCCGGGCUGCGCAACAUUCUUUGGAAGAUGACAUUAGCCACAAGGAGUCCGCACUCGGGAUCGAUUCGCUGUGUCAUCAGCUGAAUAACUACAGCCGCGGGAUUAAUUACUACGGUGGUAUUGAAAAAUAUGAUCCAACCGUUAGUACACCAGGCACGUGGUCCGGGUCCAGCAGUACGCGCAUUAACAACUCGCACUCGGAGCGAUCCAAGUCCUGUCAGUUGCGGAGCGAUGCCGAGUCCCUCAUCAAUGCCGUGGCCACUUCCGUCUGGGACUGCUGGAGCAACACCAAUAACGCGUACAACAACCGGUCUUCGGAAAUGCUCGAGGCCAAGAGCAAAAUGCAGCUGCACCUGCAUAAGACACAACAAGAAAUCUUUGACGUCGAGAAGCACAUUGAGUUGUUGCGCAAGGCCAUCAAUGAUAAAUCCAAUCCGAUGAAAGUGGCUCAUACACGCCUGGAGGCCCGAGCUCACCGGCCUGGAAUCGAAAUGUGCCGUGACAAUGCUCACCUACGCUUGGUGGAGGAGGUCUGCCACAUCCAGGAUUCGAUCUCAACCUUGCAUCGAAAACUGCAGGAAGCCGAAGCUCAGCAUCAGCAGCUGUUGAAGACAAAAUCCCAGCUAGAGCACAAUCUCAAGCAAAAGGUCGACGCACUGUUCAUCGAUCGCGAAAAGUGUAUGGGAUUGCGCCGUUCGUUUCCAGUUAAUAAUACGAUAAAAUAUUAAUUGGACCCCUCGUAGAAGAGAAAUGAAUCGAAUUCUAUUGUUACCGAUACUGUAAUAGUGUAAAAUAAAGUUAGACAUUUUGCUUGCUUUGGAAAAAGUUA